CUUAGACAUCGCCGAAGUCGCUCGUAAGUGGGUAUGAUUCAUACCUUUAAUACUUUUAACAGAAGGCUUUCGCGACCAUGAAACAUUCUUAACGUCUGUUUCUUAUAUCGUGCUGUUGUUACCUUCUCUUCACAAUUGCCUUAAUUGUCUGAAAAAAGACUUUUUACCCCUAAAUCUUCGAUCAACCUCCACGCUCAUAAUGCUCCAGGACAUCGGGGGCCCUGUACCUCCUAAUACUGACCAUGCAGUCAGUGUAUCACUUCCAACAUGGAAAGCCAGUAUCGGUUAUGAAGAAGGAGAGCCGUGGGUUAUAAGUAAGAUGCAAUGCGGUUACCCUCGAUUCUUCGUACACCCGAUCAUUCAAGAACUUGCGAAAGAGGUCGUGCAAUGCUACGGAAAUCCGAACACGGAGUCCGCCAUGUUGUUUCCUUCCGCCAAAACUGCGCAUAUUUGUCGUUCAUUUAUCCUGUCGAGAUCAUCUGCAGGCGUCUCGCAUAGCGUGCGUGUUGUAGAUUUUAUUCCUUCACCACGUACAAAAGCCGAGUCAGCACACGUCACUUCGUUCUUGUCAAGCGUGAUAUAUCCAAAGGAACUUGGAUCAGUUGCAAAGCAAGUAUGGCAGCAUACGGGCAAUGGUGUGUCAAGCCGUCGAGGUGAAUUCUGUCACAGUGCAUUGAGAGACGGUUUCCUUGUGGAAAAGAAAUCUACUACGACAGAACCUGUAGCCCAGCGGAUAUGUAAGGGCCCGCGAAGAUACCAGGGAAAAGACACAGUAAAUAGUGCUUUUCGGGCUGGUGGGGUACAUCCCUCACCGACAGAGUCGCCGAUGGCCACGGAUGGUGUUCAGGAUGGGCGAGAACACAUCCAAUUCAUCGAAGAGCGUUUUGGCCGGAACUUGAAUACUUCCCUAGCGGACCAAGCUAAAAGAGCUGUGCGCAGACGUAUAGCAGGUGUCCUAAAAGCGGAUGUGGAAUUGAGUGAGGCCCUCAAAAAGACGUCUGGGGAGGGAAGAGUAGCAGGGUUAACAGAAUCUGAUGUGUUCCUUUUUCCCACUGGUAUGAGCUCGAUUUUUAACUCCCAUCAGACGUUGUUAGCCGCCAGAGGUACGAUGAAGAGCAUAUGUUUUGGUUUUCCUUACAUCGACACGUUGAAAACUCUUGAAAAAUGGGGGCCCGGUUGUUUAUUCUAUGGAAAUGGCUCGUCCGAGGACAUUGACGACUUAGAGGCGCGAUUAGACUCUGGGGAGAAGUUCCUCGCAGUCUUCACCGAGUUCCCUGGCAAUCCAUUGCUUAAGUCCCCAGAUCUCAAGCGCAUCCGUUCUCUCGCAGACAAAUACGAUUUUGCAGUGGUUGUGGACGAGACAGUGGGGAAUUUCCUCAACAUCAAUGUGCUGCCUUAUGCCGAUAUUGUGGUCAGCAGUCUAACAAAAAUCUUCAGCGGAGACAGUAACGUCAUGGGGGGUAGUGCUGUGCUCAAUCCACAUGGACGUUACUAUUCAUCUCUCAAAGACACUUUUGCCCGCGACUAUGAGGAUAAUCUUUGGGCUGAAGACGCAAUUUUCUUGGAAAGGAAUAGCCGCGAUUUUGUGUCAAGAAUCGAGAAGAUCAAUAGCACCACCGAAGAGAUUACAGAAAUGUUGAAGGGCUCAUCACUUGUGAAAAACGUCUUCUACCCCAAAUGCAACCCUUCAAGGCCCUUAUACGAAGCCUUUCGCCACCCCAAUGGUGGCUACGGUGGUCUUUUCUCUGUUACUUUCUACUCAACAGCCCAAGCUGUUGCAUUCUUUGAUCACCUGGAAGUCCUCAAAGGCCCCAGUCUCGGUACCAAUUUUACUUUAAGCUCUCCCUACACCUUAUUAGCUCACUACGGUGAGCUAGGAUGGGCAAGCUCUUUUGGCGUAGAAUUUGACCUGGUAAGGAUAAGCGUUGGCUUAGAGGAUGUGUCUGAUCUCCGCUGUCGGUUUCAACGGGCAUUGGAGGCCGUAGCAAAGGUCAAAACGUAGAGAGGGGGCAAUGACUCACUACCGGUAUCCUUCAGGGCUGCAUCUGCUAGGCUCUCGAUAACGCAUGAAUAAUGCUUCAGAUCAAUCCAACGAGAGGUGGGGAGUCAGUGGUCUUGUCACUUUCAACCGAGGUUGAAACAUGCUAUGCCUAAGGCACUGACUUCGCAGCCAGGACAAGGACGCUAUGUUUGAAAGACGUUUGCUAGCAUCAUUCUUAGCAUGCUAUUGGAUAAUAGUUAAACCACUAAGGUUCCAUCAUAAGCCCUCUUUACGUUCAUCUAUUCAUGUUUCAAGUUUCCCCUACAAAGUCAAUGUACAUAAGACAAAAUGUGAGAUAGGGAUACCUUGGGUUGAUUUGGC